AAAACCUUAUUCUAGAACCCGCUGCCAAAAACCUUCGUAAAUUUCUUCCUGCUAUAAACUUACAAAAAAAAAUUUAGUCUUUUUCUUUCCAUGGAAUUGGCUUGUGCAAGUUUUCAAGCUUGUUCUAUAUUUCCAGUGAGAUUAAAAUCUUCUAAAGCCACAAAAUUUGAAUCUUCUUUAGCUUUACUUCCUUCCUGUAAAAGUUCAAACUCAUCUCGGAUUCGUUGUUUGUCUUCAAAGUUCUUAAGUUAUCCUGCAUUGUGUAUUAAUCGGGUAAGCGGGCAGCAGCGGUUUUCUCUUGCGGCUGUUGUUGGUGAUAAAACUGCGGUGCCAAAUAAUUGUGAUGAAGAGAAGAUUUCAGAUUCAGAUUCUGCUGGUUCCUCGCUAAUUAAUGAUGAGGUGACCAGAGAUGGGGAAAAUGAUGGUGAUAAAGGUAGUGUUGAGGGGAUGGAUAGCGUUAAAAUGAUCAGAGUAUGUGACAAGUUAAUUGAGGUUUUCUUGGUUGACAAGCCUACGCCGACUGAUUGGAGAAGAUUACUUGCUUUCAGUAAGGAAUGGAACAACAUCCGACCUCAUUUCUUUCAGCGUUGUCAGGAACGAGCUGAUGUUGAAGGUGAUCCUGGAAUGAAGCAUAAGCUUCUUCGACUUGGAAGGAAAUUGAAAGAGAUUGAUGAAGAUAUUCAAAGACACAACGAACUUCUUGAAGUGAUCAAGGGUUCACCAUCUGAGAUUAGUGAAAUGGUUGCUAGACGUCGUAAAGAUUUUACAAAAGAAUUCUUUGUGCAUAUCCAUACUGUAGCAGAAUCAUAUUAUGACAAUCCAACUGAACAAAAUGCUCUAGCAAAGCUUGGGAAUACUUGCUUGGCUGCUGUACAAGCUUACGAUACUGCUGCUGAAAACGUUGAGGCACUUAAUGCAGCAGAGUUGAAAUUCCAAGAUAUCAUCAAUUCACCUUCUCUAGAUGUUGCUUGCCGGAAGAUUGAUAGUUUGGCUGAGAAAAACCAACUUGACUCAGCAUUGGUGCUAAUGAUCACUAAAGCUUGGUCAGCUGCCAAGGAAUCUAACAUGACGAAAGAUGAGGUAAAAGACAUAUUAUACCACUUGUAUAUGACUGCUAGAGGUAAUCUACAGAGGCUCCUUCCAAAAGAGAUUAGGAUUGUGAAGUACCUUCUUACAAUUGAGGAUCCUGAGGAGCGACUGUGUGCCCUAAAUGAUGCCUUUACACCUGGAGAAGAACUUGAAGGGAGCGAUAUGGACAACCUUUACACGACUCCGGAGAAGCUUCAUACCAUGAUGAGAGCUGUGGUGGAUGCUUAUAAUUUCAGCCAUGAAGGCACUCUCUUAAGGGAAGCUAGAGAUUUGAUGAAUCCGAAGAUAAUCGAAAAGCUGGGGGAGUUAAUAAAGAUUGUGGAGAAAAACUUCAUGUGACAUGGAGCUAAGUCGUACUUUGAAUAGCUUUACGUAUAUUUUUUGGUCCAGAAAUCAUAAUCUUUAAUCUCUGCCUUGCUUGAGAAUCUGAAUAUAUAUAGGUGUGAUAACUCUAAAUUUCGGGUUGGUUCAUAGCUCGAGCAGUAAUACUGCCCGUACCCGAGAGCAUCAAAGUAGAGUUACUUCACAACAAAAAUUGGCAAUAGAAGAAGAAUAGUUUUUAGGUGUGAAUGUUCAAACAUACAAGGUGCCAAUGAUCUCCUGCAGAGAUUGAUCUUGUUGUGGUCCCAUAAUUUUCUUUUCUUUUUCUUAAUAUUAGAGCUUGUUAAUUAGAUGUUAUAUGAAUUACUGGCAAA